CCCGUGAUCUAUUUUUAAAUAGUUCCCUCCAACUCGAUCGCUCUCCGAGCCAGAAAAUGAGCCAACUUAAAACAGAGGGAGGAUCCUUUCGGACAUUCAAAAUUCGAACGAGGGUGACGUGUCAUCUGAAUUAUUGGAUUUAAAUACUAGGCGUGGAAUGCCUAAGGAUUUGAUAACUCCCAACCAACCGUCCUUCAUUCUCUCUAUUUCUUCAACCUUCACCUCCAGGAGUUCUUGCAGUAAGAUUGUACAAGUAGUCUGAGAAAAAGUCUAAUUAACGCGUUUAUGUAAAUUGUAUUGGCUGUGUUAGCACGGGGAUGGAGAGGUAUGAGAAGGUGGAGAAAGUGGGAGAGGGCACAUAUGGGAAAGUGUACAAGGCCAAAGACAAGAACACGGGGCAGUUUGUCGCUCUCAAGAAAACUCGCCUUGAGAUGGAUGAAGGAAUACCUUCUACUGCACUCCGUGAAGUUUCUCUUCUUAAAACGCUGUCUACAAGUAUCUACAUUGUCAGGUUGCUUUCUGUUGAGCAUGUUGAGAAGAAAGGCAAACUACUUUUGUACCUGGUUUUUGAGUACCUUGAUACAGAUCUGAAGAAAUUCAUUGAUAGUGGUCGAUAUGUGAUUAAUGUCGAUCCUCUGCCUCCAAAACUGAUUCAGAGUUUCAUGUAUCAACUCUGCAAAGCUGUAGCUCAUUGCCACAGCUAUGGAGUAUUGCACAGAGAUUUAAAACCUCAGAAUCUAUUGGUAGACAAGAGCAAGGGUUUACUUAAAGUUGGUGAUCUAGGACUUGGGAGAGCUUUUACUGUACCUUUGAAAUGCUAUACACAUGAGAUUGUCACUCUGUGGUACAGGGCUCCAGAAGUAUUGUUGGGUACGUUCCACUAUUCGACACCUGUUGAUGUCUGGUCUGUUGGCUGCAUUUUUGCUGAAAUGGCAAAAAGACGGCCACUUUUCCCUGGGAGUUCUGAAGUUCAACAACUGCUUCAUAUCUUCAGGCUACUUGGAACCCCAAAUGAGAACAUGUGGCCAGGAGUAACUAGAUUAAAGGACUGGCAUAUAUACCCUCAAUGGAAGCCACAAAGUCUUGCUCAUGCAGUUCCCACUUUAUCACCGAGUGGAGUUGAUCUUCUUGCCAAAAUGUUACAGUAUGAUCCUGCGAGGAGGAUUUCAGCUAAGGCAGCGUUGGACCACCCUUACUUUGAUGAUCUUGACAAGUCUCAGUUUUGAGCAUUUGUUUGAGAUUUCUAUUGUUUAUAUGGCUCUCAAAUGGGGUACAAGUGCCUUUUGCGUAUACAUAGAUUAGAGUUCAUAAUUGUUAAUAUGGAGGCUUUAGCAAAUGGACAGUUUUUUACCCUGUAAACUGAAGCAGGCAUGCUGAAAAUAGAAUUUCGUACAGAGAACCUUUAUAGAUAGGCAGUCUUUGAAGUCUCAUUUUUCGUUUGCAAAAGUAAACAUAUCAUUCCAGCAAUGGAAUUGAUCCCAUUUAAUAUUUUAUUCAUUUGUUUAGUGACAGUGAGCUUCUUGAGCUCCUUGUUCAGCCAAGGGUCCUAUUCUCCAUUCAAGACAGCUAUAUUUACAUAUAAAGCUAUCUGAUCUAUUUUCUCUAGCUUGAAAGCCCUGGCAAAUUGAAGUUUAGUUGAUAUGAAAUGCUACUCAUAUAAUCAAUAUUUAAAUAUGAACUGGAGUAUACUUGCAAUUUUAUAAA